AUGUCCUUUACUCACAGCGAUUCAGACACAGAAGUGGAUAGGAGUACCACCAACCCAGCAGCUGCGGAAGAUGACGGAGCCGCUGUCAUUGCAGAGCUGGAGGCCGCCAUGGCUGCCAACCCAGGCUUGAGACCCGUAACCCCCCAGCCGGCAGAGUGGGAGGAUUACGAUACCAUCCUUGCCCAGAACCCAGACAUCGCCAACCCUGUUCCGGGGCGGAAGAAGGAAUUCUUCCUGUCCAAGGAUAGGUGGGAGUGUGGCCAUGAGGGAGAUCCCGUCGAGACUGCCAUAGAGCGUGAUGCCUCGCGGGGUGACGAGCCGACCAUCCUCGUUAACGAUGUCAGAGGCAUAUGUGGGGCUUGUAUGGAUAAAUGGCGGAGACUCGAGUCUGGCGGACCGCAGCCAGCAGCUCAAAACAGUUCGUCUUCUUCUGGGCUGCCUUCAUACGAUCAAGCAUGGGAAGCUUCAGGUUCUGCCGCCCCUUCACGGGCUCCAGGGCUUCUUCUAGACCUGGACGACUCGGAUAUGGAUAGGAAUGGCAGCGAGGAUGACUAUGACAGCCUGUCCGAUGCAUCCGAGGGUUUGCUUAGCCCUCCUGCUGGUCCACCGCCGGGCCCUGGUCAAGUUGGGGGGGGGGUUGUUAGAUGGGUUUCGAUAUUUGAUACUAGAAUUGAAGCCCAUGCUUUGGUGCAGGACAUCUCAGCGUAA